AUGAAUCUUAAUCGUCGUAGGGAGAAUAAAAUAGACAUGGAAGCCUUUGCGCAGCUUCUUAAAAAGUAUGACUAUGGCCCUAUAAAGUCUUGGGAUCCCUCAUUAACAGAUGCUGUUAAUUUCUGUCUUGAGUCACUGGAUCCUGUUGUAAUUCAUGUCGGAAAAAAAGAUUAUGCUGAUGUUGAUGAUUUUCCAGGUUGUAUAAAAGGGUUACCAGCUAUAGGAAAUAAACAUAAGCAAUCCGGAUUGGCAUUUGGAAAUAUGAACAAAAUUUUACAUGCAGAAUGGGAAAAAUUGACACCACAGAUUCGAACAGAACGUUACUACACUUAUUUAAUGUCUCCGAUUCACAUACGUCAGAAAAUUAUUGGCGCGAUAGUUUGUUGUAAGGAUACAACUGAUAAGGUUCUAGGAAUAGAAAGAAUACGUUUGGUGAUUCGAAUUGAUGAAUUUAUUAAGGAGUUAACCGCUGAAAAUCCAAAAAUAACUGAAAUUAGGGAAGAAGACAAUGAGAAUUCCGGAACCUUGCCUCACUUAUGUAGUAAAAUCACCAAAGAUAAAGGAGCCAUAAAAGAUUAUUAUUUAUUCGGAGAAUCUCUAUCUCAACUUUUCGAUUAUUACUAUGCAGAAUUUUCCAAUAAACAACAAGCUCAAAUGGCGGUUAAUGAAGAACUCAAAAAACAACUACCUAAUAUUACUACGGAUGCCCGUAAUAAAAAAAAAGAAAGAGCCCAGAAGAUUUAUUCUUUCUUUAAUGAUAUUGGUUUCGAAAAAAUUGAAUUGGUAAAAUCUUUUUCUGCUGACUUUAUUUCAAAGUUAAACAUAGAGCAAAUCGAAUAUGUAAAAGACAUAGUUAUGAAAACUGCGCCACAAACACAAUCUAUUGAGACAUCUUUAAACUCUCAUGAUGCAAAUGAUGAGGAAUUUGUUCGACAACUUGAAAAUCUUGAUGCAAUCACCUCAAAUUAUGCAACAGAAUCUAUUGAGACAUCUUUUAACUGGGAUGAAAUAGCCGCUGGUAAAAACAAUGUCGAAGGAGAGUGGUAUCUUAUUGCUUUUCGAUCUAUCGGAAGUAAAGAUGCUAACAUUAAAAAACUGGUUGAAGCUGAAGCCGAAGCCUAUAAUGAAGCAAAAAAUCAUGGAGGCUUACUCAAGUAUUGGUCCAGUGAAUUCAAUCAAAAUCGAGAAUGUCUUUCGUUGUGCAUUUGGAGAAGUAUAGAUGAAGCAGUUAAAGCAAGUAAAAAACCUUGUCAUGCUUUUACAGUGGGAUUGGCCAGCGCGAAUUAUGAAACAUACAAAUUAGAGAAAUACAAGCUAAAAAAGACGAAGGGUGAGAUAAAGAUUAACAUUACUGAACUUAAAGACAAAAUUUUAUUAUCACAAAUCACAUGA